GGAGGCCAGGCCAGGCCAGGCCAGGCCGCGCUGGCUGGCUGGCGCGCAGGAGGCGCUGCUUGCCGGCUGCGGGUAGGGGCUGCAGCGAGGCGGAGACACAUUCCUUCCUCCCUGUCUUCAGUCUUCACCAGAGUUGCAAAGGAGGGAAAAGUGACUAGACUUCACUGUUCUGAGAUGACAGCUUUUCCUUUAUUUUGCUGACUCAGAUCAUGGAUUUUCAAGAAGAGCAAGGAAGAAGGAUAAAUGUUGGAUGAAAAUAUCUUGCAGACUCUCCAGUUCUGCUGAGAUGCUAAUUUCUUUUUUGGCAGCGCAUCGAUGGAGGAGCUUACAAAAACUCCAAUGGCAAUAAGAAUGUCGACAUUUCCAGAAGUUUUUCCUUUAUUUUUUAAUACAAGUUGAUGAUAAACUUGAGGUUGUCACGUUGGAAAACAAAGGCCAAAUGACUUUCUGGUAACAUCAAGCUUCUCUAUUUAGGCAAACAGCCCUUAUUUAACAAGAGCUGUAUUUAUCAAUCGGAUUGCAACUGCUUGCAGGAAUGGAAGUCGUAAUAAUUUGGGGAUUUAGGCUUGGCCUGGAGACUCAUUGCUUGAGCAAGACAGCUGUUGAAAUGUUCUCCUUACAUGAAUGGCUGUAACCAUUGAGAGUGAUCUUGAUUUGUCUUCAAAACUAUGGCUCCCUUCAGAUAACAAGGUAUGACCUGCACAUAUCAGCUUUGUUUAUUGAUUUGGAAUUUAACUACAGUACUCUAAGAAUGCCCAGAAGAGGGUUAAUGUUUCAAGCCAGAAGUCGAUGGCUCUUUGUUGGCCUCGCUCUGCUGCUGAGUCUAUUACUGAUCAUGUACCUUCUUGAGUGCGCGCCCCCAACCGAAGGCAAUAGAUCACUUCCUGGCAUUGGAGGGGAUCAUUUUGGUAAGGAGCAUUACCAAGCCCUUUUGCAAGAGCAGGAAGAGCACUACCAAAACAGGGCUGCAAGCCUCAAGCGUCAAAUUGCCCAGUUAAAGCUGGAGCUUCAGGAGAUGAAUGAGAAAUUGAAGCUGUUGCAGGAAAAGAAGAAUCCCAAAGUCCAGAGCAUGGGCUCCCCGGGCGUCAAAGAACAGACCUCCAAUGAUUUGCUAGAAUACCUGCAUUCCCAAAUAGACAAAGCCGAAGUGAGCGUUGGGGCCAAGCUACCCAGCGAGUAUGCAGCGAUUCCUUUUGAGAGCUUCACUUCCAUGAAAGUGUUCCAGUUGGAAAUGGGGCUCACCCGCCACCCCGAGGAGAAGCCUGUCAGAAAAGAUAAGCGAGAUGAGUUGGUGGAAGUAAUUGAGGCUGGCCUGGAGGUAAUCAAUAAUCCCGAUGAAGAAGGUCAAGACGAAGAAGACGGAGUCAAGGACCGGCAGCUUUACAGUGAAAACGAUUUCGUAGAAGGUUAUUACCGCACGGAGAGAGACAAAGGGUCCCAGUAUGAAUUAUUCUACAAGAAAGCAGACGAAAUGGAAUACAGACAUGUUACACUGUUUCGUCCAUUUGGUCCUCUCAUGAAAGUGAAGACAGAGACUGUUGAUAUCUCCCGGUCAGUAAUAAAUAUCAUUGUUCCCCUCGCAGGAAGGACAGAAGUGUUUGCACAAUUCAUGCAAAAUUUCAGGGACGUGUGCAUUAAUCAAGACAAGCGGAUUCAUCUUACUGUGGUCUAUUUUGGACAUGAGGGGCUUUCUGAAGUCAAAAGCAUCUUAGAAUCAGUUGCUAGAGAGGCUGACUUCCAUAAUUACACUCUGGUUUCUUUGAAUGAGGAAUUCAAUCGUGGUCAAGGACUGGAUGUGGGUGCCAGAGCCUGGGAAAAAGGGGAAGUCCUGAUGUUCUUCUGUGAUGUGGAUAUUUAUUUCACAGCUGAAUUCUUGAAUAGCUGCCGCCUGAACACUGAGCCAGGCAAAAAAGUUUUUUAUCCUGUGGUUUUCAGUCUUUAUAAUCCUGCCAUUGUCUAUGCUAAUCAAGAUGGGCCACCUCCAGUGGAACAGCAGUUGGUCCACAAAAAAGAUUCAGGCUUCUGGAGGGAUUUUGGCUUUGGGAUGAUGUGUCAGUAUCGAACGGAUUUCUUAACCAUUGGAGGCUUUGAUCUGGAAGUCAAAGGGUGGGGCGGAGAAGAUGUUCACCUCUAUCGGAAGUACCUGCACAGCAACCUAAUGGUGGUCAGGACCCCGGUUCCUGGUCUCUUCCACCUUUGGCAUGAGAAGCACUGUGCGGAUGAAUUGACUCCGGAGCAGUACCGCAUGUGCAUCCAGUCUAAAGCCAUGAAUGAGGCCUCUCACUCACACCUUGGAAUGCUUGUUUUCCGGGAGGAGAUUGAGGCACAUCUGCGUAAGCAAGCUUACAGGACUAAUAGUGAAGCCAUAGGCUAGAACGAUCCUCGGUGCAAUGAAUCUGUAGCUGCUAUGAACCAGGUUUGGUUCUGAAGCCUUAACUAACUGAGCUUAGAAACAUGCAGUGCCUCUCCUCUCUCUCUCUCAUAGAAGAUGAGUUGAAAGGUCUCUUCCUCUGACCAGCUGUCACCAAGGACCACACCAGAAUAGGCACUUGCACAAAAGGGUGUCUCCUGUUGCUUCUACAAGUCAGACGGUGUGUGUGGGGUGGGGAGAAGCUAAGACAGAGUCUGUUCCAUUUUCCACCUUUAAAAGUUUUGGUUCUCCAAUCUGCGAGGAUCACACCUCUCCAUUUUCUGUGGUGGUUCUGCAUCGUUCAUUUCAUUCUUUUUUAGAACAGACAUGGUGUGUAUCCAUUCUAUGGGAAGAGGCAAAAGUGUGUUGAGAUUGUGCUGACUGGUAUAUUGUGCAGCUAGAACCACUGAGUUUGCCUUACGAACCAUCAGGAACAUAAAUCAAGUUGCUAAAAUCUAUAUUUAAAGUUUCUAAAAUGGACCAUUGAAGAGUUGCCAUGCUGUAUUUGUUCAGAUUGUACAUGAGCUGAGCUUAUAUGCUGUUUGCUUAUUUUAGCUACUGGCCAUUUUUCCCCCUUUUUUCUUUGGCAUGUUUCGGGACAUAGAAAGAGCUGUUUGAAUAGUUUGAUUCUGGUGCUCUUUGUUCUUCAGAUGAAAGUGGAAGUGUUUUGUCACUUGACUGAGGGGGGAGAGCAUCAGAAAGUGGCCCCGAUUAGACAGCAGUCACCUUGCUAACUAUGCUAACAGAUCACUGUCUCCUCUUUAUAUUCCUUUAGCAUUGGGCACACAAUGCCUCCUACUCAGGUUCAGUUGAAAUGAACGGUGGUGGCAGAAAAGUGGAAUUAAUGCUUUUGGUCCCCAUUCUCCCCAACCAUCUAUCCAUUUCAAAAAAGAUUUGUGAAAGAGAUGGUAGAACUCCAACAAAUUCCUGGAUCAUGAAAAGAGGGGAUCUUUUUGGUAUGUUUCUUUUUGGGGUCUGAGUAACUGUAUACUAUUUGAACCGAUCCCUUUUUAACACAUAGUUUGCUUUUAUAUAACACUGUGGAGAACAAAUAUAACUUAUCUGACAUGGAGAGAAUGUAAUGGGCUUGCUGUUGUCUUGUCUUUAUAAAUAAAUUGAAUAUUCAUCUCUUUUAA